GAGAGAAAAUACAUUGCCUGUAGUGAGGGAAGAGAAAGGAACAGGGGAAGGAGAAGCAGAAGGACUGCUUGUACAGAGACAAGUAGAGACUGAAAAGCUGAGAAGUUUUGCCAAACAGGAUACUACUGAAUUCCAUUCAACAUGGAAAAUAUGGAGCUGCCACCUCGACCAAAUCUUUUUGACUUCCAUGGAGUCUCCAUGACCCACUAUUUCACUGACAACUGGGAGAACAUAAAAAACUUCCAGGCCAGGCCAGAUGAUAUCCUCAUUGUCACUUACCCCAAAGCAGGUACCACAUGGGUCUCCUACAUUCUAGACCUGCUGUAUUUUGGUCAGACAGCCCCUGAGCGUCAGACUUCACUGCCUAUCUAUGAGAGGGUGCCUUUCCUGGAAAGUGACUUCCAUAUUCUCCCUCCAGGAACAGAGCUGGCAGACAAGUUAUCCACCUCUCCUCGCCUCAUCAAGACUCACCUCCCAGUCCAGUUGGUACCCAAGUCCUUCUGGGAGCAGAACUGCAGGAUAGUGUAUGUGGCCCGUAAUGCCAAGGACAAUGCAGUGUCUUAUUUCCACUUUGACCGUAUGAACCAGGCACAGCCAGAGCCAGGAGACUGGAACAACUUCUUACAGAGAUUCAUGGAUGGAAAGAUGGUGUUUGGUUCCUGGUACGACCAUGUAACUGUCUGGUGGGAGAGGAAACAGACUCACUCAAAACUCCACUACGUUUUCUAUGAGGAUAUGGUUGAGGAUACGGGGAGAGAGCUGGACAUGCUGUGCUCCUUCCUAGGUUUGUCUCCUUCAGCAGAGGAAAAGGAGAGGGUGAGAGGAGGAGUGCAGUUUGAUACUAUGAAGAAGAACAGCAUGGCCAACUAUUCCACCGUUCCAAUCAUGGAUUUCGAGAUCUCGCCAUUCAUGCGAAAAGGAAAGGUUGGUGACUGGAAGAACCAUUUCACUGUAGCCCAGAGUGAACAGUUUGAUGAAGACUAUAAGAAGAAGAUGAAGAACACCACCAUACAGUUCCGCACUGUAGUCUAGGGGUUGUGGUCAAGUUGAUUGUCUGAUUGUUUGUGGUCAGGUUGAUUGAUUGUGUAUUUGGCGCACAUAGACUUACGAUAGGCUUGGCUGGGGUGUCAGUCUUCCAUUGGUCCACAGUUAACUGGGUUAUAGUGUUGAAUAUACAGGGUGAGGAUCAUAUCGUAUCAUAUCCUGGAGUGUGAAUGAGAAAGAUCAUGAAGUGUCUUAUAUCAUUUUUUUGAGAAUGAUUGAUGCUACUUUGAGAUAUGAGCUAUAGGUUGAGAACUAAAAACAAAAGUAAAAUGAGGACAUGCUGCACAGAACAUUCUUAGCAAUGUGAGCUAUUUGUAAAUCCUCUUGCCUGGUCUGUUUUUCAGUGUCUGAGAAAAAAACAGUGAGAGUCGAUACAGUAGUAAAUAUGUAAAUGGAGAAGAGCAUAGUUAAGCAUCAAGCAUGGUUUUAUUCUGUUUCAAAAAUAUACAUACUUUGAAACUGUAACAAUUCCUACUCGUAUACAGUAUACAGUAUGACUAAACGUAAUACAUUAAUGUUUGUUUGAGUGCAUUUUUUUUACAGGGACAGUGCACAUUAAUUAACAUUUCAGUAAAAGUGCCGGUUUAGCCAGCCGCAGUCCCUGAAGCAGGUUAUUAAAAACAAUUACAAUACAUACAAUCAAUGAGCAGUGAGCACACGCAGAGCAACAUAGGACAAGCAAGACGUAGCAUACAGACAGAGCAACAUAGGACAAGCAAGACGUAGCAUACAGACAGAGCAACAUAGGACAAGCAAGACGUAGCAUACAGACAGAGCAACAUAGGACAAGCAAGACGUAGCAUACAGACAGAGCAACAUAGGACAAGCAAGACAUAGCAUACAGACAGAGCAACAUAGGACAAGCAAGACGUAGCAUACAGACAGAGCAACAUAGGACAAGCAAGACGUAGCAUACAGACAGAGCAACAUAGGACAAGCAAGACGUAGCAUACAGACAGAGCAACAUAGGACAAGCAAGACAUAGCAUACAGACAGAGCAACAUAGGACAAGCAAGACGUAGCAUACAGACAGAGCAACAUAGGACAAGCAAGACGUAGCAUACAGACAGAGCAACAUGGCACAAAAAGCAACCAGACAAAAUCCAUAAAUACAAACAAAGUGUUUCCACACCUCACAAGCUACAGGCAACAGACAACAUGGAAAGCGGCAACACACAGCUAGGGAUUAUGUUCACCAAUCUGAUUGACCUUUAGCCAUGUCUUCAUGUUUUUUGUGAAAGUGUGAUACGUGAGAGUCCACACAGUAACAAAUAUGUAAAUGGAGAAGAGCAUUAUUAAGCAUCAAGCAUUGUUUUAUUCUGUUUCAAAAAUAUACAUACUUUGAAACUCUCACAAUUCCUACUCGUAUACAGUAUACAGUAUGACUAAACGUAAUACAUUGAUGUUCAUGUACUUGUACUUAAAAUAUUAUGAAAUGUCUUUAUGACCCAAAGCGAUUAAAGAGCGAGUAAUUUGCACAUACACACAC